AUGCCUGAAGAAUAUGAAGACUACGAUGAUUUCAUGAUGUCGGAUGACGAAAGCAUGAAUAUAGAUGACAUUGCUUUUGAGAGUGACGAAGGCCAACAGGAGCACCAUACAGUAGGUAGCUCAAAAGAAACUGAAACUACUAGAUACUUUCCUAACAUCGAGUACGCAUAUAAUACCGGGUUGGCCUUCUUGGAUGAUAGAGAAUUCGAGAAAGCAAGGGAACAGUUCAUAGAUGUUUAUAAAACUGUCAUUGAUAUACUACCCGAUGAUAAAGAACCUGUAAUUAUCCAGUUUGGCUUUCAAGCUCUGAAUCAAAUAAUCUCCUGUUGGAUAAAUGAAAUUCCGUACAAUGGAAUGUCAGGUCAGAUCGUGUCUGAGAUUAUACGGACCUGCGAAUGCCUAUGUGACUUUAUAGCAGUGAACAAUGACGAUCAUGAUACCAAUAACCUGGCAAAAAAUUUGGGUAAUACCUUUACUACAUUAUUUUAUAGUAACAGUAGGAUAUUUUUAUUUGAUUUAGGUAGUUUGGACUGUUCGGCCGUGAAAUUAAGAAUGGAAUUACAAUCAGCAAUUGUAUCUAUUUUUCUUAAUUCAUCCUGCUUGCAUAAAAAAUUUGUUCCCUUACUUCAAGUUAAAGGACGAGUUUCGUCUAUAUGGUACGACUGUUUGACAACCGGUUAUUAUAGUGAAAGUGAUUUGUCGUCUCUAAGGAGUAUACGGGUCAUCGAUAAUGAGACUGAAAAAUAUACCGAAGAUUUAAAAAUCGAGAUCACUACUGUUAUAUUGCAGUGUUAUAUAUUGGAAUUUUUGAAAGCUGGUGACAUUAAAGAAGCUGGAUAUUUUAAGGAAUCUAUUAGUAUUUUAGACAAGUUGGCCUCCAAAUCUUUGUCAGUUUCACAAACGCCGGAAGUGAUGCUAAUACUACAUUUUUCCCAAGGUAUCAUGUUACUGAUGACCAAACGUCCAGAUAUCAAUAGUUCUAUACAGACAUCGGUCUUUUGGAGAAUGAGGGAGGCCCGCGAAGCUUUUCUUAGAUCAUUGAAGCACUUAGAGGAACUUGGUAGAAAUCAAGACAAGACGCCACAUUUAUUUCAUGAUAUAAUAUUAGCUGGCUUUACUUUUACGAGCAUGAUUUUAUUGAAGGUUGGUAAGGAAGAACUUGAUCCAUUUGAAUUUGAGCAAGUGAGAAUCCUUGGAAACCAAGACAUAAUCGACAAUAUUCAAUUAAUUUAUGUAAAUUUUAUGAAUUUAGAUUUAAUGGGGCUCUUUAACUCUCUAAACUGCAUGAAAGAAAUAAAUUUUAUCCUGCAUCAUCUGGUAAGUGAUAUCUAUGAAUUGGCUCAAUCAUUGGUGUUAUGGACUAAAAUUGCCGUUGUAUACUCCUGCAUUUCGAUCCCUGAUCUGGAAAAUAAAUUGAAACUUAACGAAUAUAAGGUGCCUACUAGGGAUGAUAUACUUACACUACUAAUGCAGUCCAUACUAAAGGGGGAAGCCAUGGUAUUUUAUAAAUUAGAUCUCAGAAAAGAUUUAGUCUAUUUCGGAGCUAUGUAUAAAAAACAACUGACAAUGUACGGUAAAGAAAGUUUUAGACUGAUGAACCAAAAUAAACGGAAACCAGCUGAAGCGAAAGAAUGUGAAUCUCUCGCAAGUUUAUCAGACUUUGAAUAUGCCAACAAUGUCGGGCUGUUCACAGUUCCACGUAAGCUCACAAAGAAAAGUAAUAUAACUGAGUUUUUCGAAGCCUUGAAGGAAGCGAGAGAGAAUAUCAUUUAUAUAGAUAAUGCCCAGCACAAAUCCUUUAAUAAGCUUUAUCCCAAAGAUAUGAAGUUUACAGACAAAUAUAUGAACUUAGUAGAUUUAAUGGCGCCUAGAAUCCACGAUUAA